CACUCUUUCGCUGUCCAUCUCGCAGCGCAGGUAAGACGAACGUAGGUCGGUCUAUCCGCCGCCGCCGCUGCUGCUGUUGUUGCUGCUGUUUACUGCUGCUGCUGCUGUUGUUGCUGCUGCUACUACUGCUGCUUGCAUCUCGCCUGAAUGCUCACCGUGUAUGCUGCAGUGCCACUACGCCGACGAGGAGUGUGUGUCUAGCAUGCAGCCGACGUCGUUGAUCGGAUCAAACGAGUUAACGCCGACGAAGACGACGAUACCGACGACGACGAUGCCGACGAUCAUUCUACGAUAGUGUCGCUCGCCACAUCGCGCACGGACCCCCCCGUCACCCAGCCGCCACGAUGGACGACGAAUUUGACUUCGAGAGCUCGCUCGAUUUCGACAACUCGUCGUCGGUGAACUUUGACCUGGACAGCUCGCUCGACUCGGGCAUCGAAAAUUGUGUCGGCAGCUCGUCGCCGACCAGCGAGGACGUACCGACGACGACGUCGCCGCGCAAGGCGCCGCGUAAGCGUCGGCGUAAGCGCAUGCUGACGGGCGUCAGUCGGCAGCGACGGGCGGCGAACGCUCGCGAGCGGAAUCGCAUUCAUGGAGUCAACAUGGCGUUCCUGCGACUGCGCGACACGCUCCCGGUGAGCGGCGGCGGCGACGAGAUAUCAAAGAUCGACACGCUGCGUCUGGCCGCCAAGUGGAUCGCGCAUCUCACGUCCGUGCUGAUGACGGAGGACGACGGUAAGAGCGACGAGAACGUCGGCGGCGGUGCGACGUUGUCGUCGGCGCUGUCGGCCGCCGUCCGCGCGCACAUCAUGCAGCUCAUCAAUUCCAAGAUGGACGACUUUGAGAUCGCGUCGCUCGACGACGAGCCGGACGACGAAGCUGCUGACGCGGCGGUGAUGUCGCCGACAACGACGACGCGAGCUGACGCGGCGGAGACGUCGCCACCGCCGACGACGCCGACGAGUGUCACCGAGAACGCUCCGGUACUCGCGCCAAGCGAAGUUACUCGCGCGAAAUCUCAUCUGCAACGACAUUCCGAGAUUAAUAAUAACAACAACGGCGACGAUGACAACACGCGCGUGGUCGGCAGAGACGAUGGGUUUAAUCAUUGCGGUUUAUACAAGAUGGCGGCAAAGGAUGGCAGCGAUCCUAGACGCACGCAGCCAUCGCAACAACAGAUGAACGAUAGCGCAAACAACAUGGCCGCCACCACCGCCAGCGCCGCGAACUGCGCGUACACGCAGAGAAACCUUCAUCACGACUUUGCUGGAAACGUUUCUUCGGCAAUGUUGCCUAGUCAGCAGAAUGCGCUCGUCGUGCAGGAUACUACGGGAGACUUCCUCGAUACGAUACUGGAGCAGAACUUUCACAGCAAGCAGCAGGUGUUCAGUACGAACUCCUACUACGGUGGAAACGGCGACGGCUAUAGUCCAUGGGCAGACUUUGGUAUCGGCGAACCGCUUGGUUUCGAACUUCCCACACCGCCGUUCUGUGCUCUUCAGGACCAAGCGACGUCAAUACGCUGAUGUACCCGGUCACGUGCACGCCACGUGAGCGCGCACGUGUUUAGCAAAAUUAUUCAUAAUUAUAUAUGAUAAUCGAGUCGUAUAGAUUGCACAAAAUCUAUUGCCCGAUGAGAGGUAGGUAGCUACAUGACGCCUUGAGUCGAUGAAUCUGGGGCUUGCGAAACAACCCAGCGCUACUGGUUGCCAUGGUGAUGCCUUCGACAAAGCUCCCUGAAUCUACCGCACUGGUAUACUCACGCGAUGCACAUUUACAUGUGCCUUGAAGAAGAGGAGGAGGAGCUAGUAACGGAGAGACACAGAUUCCGAAACCCGGUUUUUAAAUGAGCAAUGCGGGGAAUGCCUGCGUGCAUCGAACGAGUCGCAAAUUGCAUAUUUAUUACAUGCAGAAUUACCGUAACGUUGAGAGUAUCGUGUGCCGCAUUGCAGCAAACCUCUCAUCGUACUGUCACGCGCUGAUAACAUCAAGUUUGAAUUAUUUAUUUCAGUCCGAUCCCUGGGCACACAGAUAAGUAGAUUUUUGCCCGAAUUUGCAUGAUCAAACAAUUAACGUUGGCGAAUUGGGGUGCUGAUGAGCAUGCAUGUAAUGAAAGUGACGUCAUCGAUGAAAAGCAGUAUUUGAUGACUGCGAUGAAGUGAAUUUUGUUAACUUCAUAAGAUAGGGGAAUGUGAUAUAUAAAUAUUGCGUAGUUUUAAGAAGUGUACUACUGGCAGUUGAUAUGUCUCGAAUUAUUAAGUACCCGUGAUCGUAGAAAAAGGGUGGUUCUCUAUUUUAAUUUCAUGGGUACUAUCAUACGUAAUAAUUGUAUAUACGUUUUGUAUCUUAUAAGACCAAGUAAAUAAUAAUAUUUUACUAACAAAAUAGUGUCGGUGAGAUACUAACGCUAAUAUGAUAGAGGGAUUUAUCACCGAAACCUCAUUCAUAUAACCAAGUACAUCAAUUACUUACAUUAAGUUCUAACUUUGUAGAUAAAAUUGGCUAAACUAAAUUUUCAGUAUAUAUAUGGUACAUUAUAUCUCAGCUGGUAAUGGUAGAAUUUCAGCCCUAGUUUCAGCGUUCACAUUGUUAUUGUAAUAUUUUUCACAAAAAUCUCUCGCACCGUUUCAAUACCAUUUCUGUUUGUUUCUUAAGUAAAGAAGAAUAUUACAAAGCUGCUGAAAUAACUGCAUGAAUAUUUGUGUCGACACUUUAUUGAACAGUUUAGCUAAAGACAAACACAUUCAGGGCUGAAUCUAUAUGUGAGAAAACAUUCGAAUUCGUGUUUUGUGAAUUCUGUGGACUUGUUACUCCUACAUAUUUAGCAUGCAUCGUUUUGUUCGAGUACACUGUCUGUUUAUUAAAACAACGCAGUGUUUAAUACGAUUAUUGCUUACGUUUGGUGUAAUUAAUAAAGUAUUUAUAAUGCGGUUACUAUAUAAA